GUGUUUCUCCCACCAUUCUCUCUCACACACACUCUCUCUCGUCUCCCCAAUAAUGGAACCCAGGGCAGGAAAUCUCAUGCUCUUCUUUUCCCUCGCCGCCCUGCUCCUCUCUCUCCCCGCCGCUUCCUCCGUCGACUCAUCUCCCUUGCAGACCCAACCUCUAGUCCUCCACUCUCUCUCCCCCCCACUCGCACCCUCAUGGUCCGAAUCCGAUGUUGUAGAGACAUCCGAAUCCGAUCCACAAUCCGAAUCUGUGAUCUCUCUUGAACUGCAUCAUGUGGAUUCUAUGUCUUUCAACAAAACCCCAGAACAGCUCUUCAACCUCCGGCUGCAAAGAGAUGCUGCUAGGGUCAAAUCCUUCAUUUCCAUGGCCUCUAAUGCUGCUUCUGUGGACCAGAGCCUCGUUGGCCGGCUGGGCAGGCCGGGUUUCAGCAGCUCCAUUAUAUCUGGGUUGACUCAGGGCAGUGGAGAGUACUUUACGCGCUUGGGCGUCGGCACUCCUCCGAGGAACGUGUACAUGGUGCUGGAUACCGGAAGCGACGUCGUUUGGCUCCAGUGUUCUCCUUGCCAGAAGUGCUACUCCCAGACAGACCCAGUAUUCGACCCUACUAAAUCUCGGUCGUUCGCUGGAAUCUCAUGUGCCUCCCCUCUCUGCCGGCGAUUGGAUUCUCCUGGAUGCAACAAGAAAAAGAACUGUCUCUAUCAGGUUUCCUACGGUGACGGUUCGUUCACUGUGGGGGAUUUUUCCACUGAAACUCUGACGUUUCGGCGCACUCAAGUCCCCGGCGUUGCCCUCGGAUGCGGUCACGACAAUGAGGGACUCUUCAUCGGCGCGGCGGGACUGUUGGGUCUCGGCCGUGGGAAGUUGUCGUUUCCGGCACAAAUGGGACGUCGUUUCGGCCAGAAAUUCUCGUAUUGCUUAGUGGAUCGUUCUUCUUCGGCCAAACCGUCUUCAGUUAUAUUUGGCGACAUGGCCAUUCCUCGAACCGCCCGGUUCACUCCUCUCCUCAGUCACCCUAAGCUCGACACAUUCUACUUUGUAGAACUCCUCGGGAUCAGUGUUGGGGGAACACCCGUUCGGGGUAUUUCGCCGUCGCUCUUUCGACUCGAUCCCACCGGGAAUGGCGGCGUAAUAAUCGAUUCCGGCACGUCGGUGACCCGGCUCACCCGACCCGCCUACAUCGCCCUCAGGAACGCUUUCAGGGUUGGAGCGUCGCAUCUGAAGAAGGCGCCGGAGUUCUCACUCUUCGACACUUGUUUCGAUCUGUCGGGGCAGACGGAGGUGAAGGUGCCCACGGUGGUGCUGCAUUUCCGAGGUGCUGACAUGUCACUUCCGGCGACGAACUAUUUGAUUCCGGUGGACACCCACGGAAGCUUCUGCUUCGCCUUCGCGGGAACGAUGGGCAGCUUGUCGAUAAUCGGGAACAUCCAGCAACAAGGUUUCCGGGUCGUGUACGAUCUGGCGGGUUCUAGGGUCGGGUUUGCUCCUCGUGGGUGCGCGUAAGCCGGACCUAUGACGUGGCUAAUGGGGACAAAUCGUCCCUGUAGUUUUAUUUUUUUUUCCCUUGAAUUACUGGCGUCUAUUUUGAAUUAAACAAAAACGAAAUUAGAUUGGAGUAGCUGAGAUAAUAUCUUCCUCGGAUUUGGAUGAAGAGAGAGGAGCGAAGAACGAGUUGGAAGUUUCUUGCAAUUUACGUGCACUGUGUUUGCUGUUGUACUAUUAUUAAUUAUUAGUAUUAGCUAAUUGAGAGUAACUAGACUCGUUACUCUAU